UCCGUCUCCAAAGCAGCAUCGAAGGCAGUGAUGGUAGCUGUUCGGCCAGAAAAGAUUUCGGCGGUCUUUAUUCGAUCAAGCCCUUGUUUUUAAUUAAACCGUCUGGGGCGGAGGAUAUAAGUCGGGUCCUCAAGUUCGCGCCGAGGACCUCCGGUAUGACGGUUGCUGCAAGGGGUAACGGCCACUCAAUUAACGGUCAGGCGAUGGCCGGCGGAGGUCUGGUGAUUGACAUGCGUUCGACGGAGGAAAACCAUUUCGAAUUCCUGACGAUCAUUGACUCUCCUUAUAUCGAUGUUUCCGGUGGGGCUUUAUGGGAAAACGUCUUGACACGGUGCAUCUUGAGGUUCGGGUUGGCUCCGAGGUCGUGGACCGAUUACCUGAGCUUAACGGUAGGCGGGACUUUAUCUAACGCCGGCGUUAGUGGACAAACCUUCCAUUAUGGUCCACAAACGUCUAACGUCACCGAAUUGGAAGUUAUAACAGGGAAAGGAUAAAUAACGGUUUGCUCCGAAACUUUGAACUCCUAACUCUUUUUUCGGCGUCCUGGGCGGCCUUGGUAAGUUCGG